UUUGAUCUGUUUUACAUGUAAAUAACGUUUAUUUCUAUGUAGGUAUCAUUGUAUUUAAGUGUUAUUUAGUAAUGUUGCAUUAGUUUUAAUAUUACAUAAAAUAUUUUUAGAUUCACAGGUGGUGUUAUUUAUUAAAGUUUAUGGGCUGUAAUUAAGGCAUACCGAGAUGCAUCGUACAAUUGUAUUUGAAAAAGAAUGCUUGAAUCACCUGGAAGGCAGUGUCACCACAUAUAUCAAAAAAGAAAAUUUUGACUCACAGUCUCAAAUUGUUGGAAGCAAUGUUGAAAUUAAGCAAGAGUUGAUUCCACCAUUUGAAGAGUCUCCUGAAUACAACACAGGUAGGAAUAUUGUAUGUAAUCAAGAAGUUAAUAACUAUAAGCCAGGUGUAGUUACUAAGAAAGAAAAUGUUGAGAAAUCAGGGGAAUUAUUCACUGUUCAAGAUAUAUUUUCGGGCAAAGAAAAUGAUAUAAAACUUUAUGAACAGCAUGAAAUAAAGAAUGAGCUAACUGUUGGUCCGACUGCUGUAGAGACAGCGAUACUUGGACAUACUAAUUAUUUAUUGCAUUUGAAGACUGGUUACCAAAAUAAUUUAUACAAUGAGAAUGAUGUCUAUGAAUCUAAGCACCAUGAAUGUAACAUUGCAUUCAAUAAAUUACACUCUUGUGAAGUAUGCAGAGAGGUGUUUAAGACAUAUAAAGCACUAAAACAUCAUGUUAUGGUAAUUCAUACAGGUUAUAAAAAUGCAUCUGAAUCUAAUUUGAAAGAUGUAGCUAAUCAUUCUACAGAACAUCAUACAGUGAUUUGUGAGUUGUGUAACAAAACAUUGAAAUCAAGUAAGAAUUUGGAUCAACACCGGCGCAUACAUACUGGUGUAAAGCCACAUCAUUGUAAAGUGUGUAAAAAAAGUUUUUACACAAAUUCACUGCUGAAACGGCACAUGUUUGUGCAUGUCAGUGAAAGACCUUAUAUUUGUGAAAUAUGCAAAAAAUGUUACAAAUCAAAACAUGAAUUGAAACACCACAUACUUACCCAUAAUAAUGUCAGGCCAUACAUUUGUGACGUUUGUAAGGAUUCUUUUAAAACACGGCAUCAUUUAAGUCGUCAUAUGGAUACACACACUUUAAAAAAACCUUUCAAAUGUGAUAUAUGUGACAUGUCAUUUAAAAGGAAGGAACAUUUGCAACGGCAUGUGCAUACUCACAGUGGUCAUAAAGAAUAUAGUUGUGCUGUAUGUACAAAAUCUUUCAUAACCAAAUACUACUUACAACGGCAUAUGGCUGUCCAUAGUGACAUGAAAUAUAGUUGUAAUAUAUGUAAAAAAUGUUUUAAAGAUAUGAGAUAUUUGAAACAGCACCUAAGUACCCAUACUACUCAAACUCCAUAUAGUUGUGACAGAUGUAAAAAAUAUUUUAAAACCAAGAAUGGUGUGAAACGACAUUGGGUAGCUCAGGCUUGUCAAAUACUUUAUAGUUGUGAUGUAUGUAAAGAAAAAUUUAGGAAAAAAUAUAUUUUGGAAAAGCAUAUUAUGGAUCAUAUUCAUGUUAAAGUGAAAGAUGUUCCCGUACAAGUACAUUCAAUGUCUACCCGUAGCAGUGUACGGCGGCAAAGAUACCCUCCUGUUAGUUAUGUAGAUUAGGACCUGAAAACAAAUAUUAACUUUAGUAUCUUGUGCUUAAAUAAAAAGAAAUGGGACCACAGACUGCAUGUCAUCCAUAUAGUACUAACUUAUGUACUAUUUAAGUAAUAAUUAUUAACUUAUACACUAUCUAUUAUAAAAUAUCUUAAAUAAAUAAAUAAAUUUAUGGUCAUAGCAUUUACCAUUUACAGAUCAUUUAUUAAAUUGAUGAUAUAUGUUGUCUAUUGUCGAGGCAAGUUUUUGAGUUAUUGGUCAUAGGUUUCAAUAUUAAUUGGCAUCCCAUGAACUAGUAGCAGGUUACCUAUCUAUUGUAUUCACUUCUUUUUUCCAUAGCAAUCAUCUUCAUAUUUUUGCCUUUGAGUAGUUAUGGUCAAAUCAUACUAAUUUACUACUGAUACCUGAAGAAGUAAUAAUUGUACAUGGCAAUAAAGUUUUAAAGCUUGAGUUUUCCAUGAGAUUAAAGAAUUAUAUUUCUGAAAAGUUUACUUUUAUCAAUAAAUGAAAUUGAAUGAAUCGUUUUUUAUUGUUUGUUGUAAUACAUGAAUAUUCUGAAAUAUGUUUGAAUAAUUAAAAAAAAAAUUCAUUUAGUAUAGCUGUAGUAGCGAGUAAUAGUAGGAGUUCAUACAAGCACUGUCACAGACUCACAGUAUAGUUGUAUACCUAAUAAUGUAUAACUUAUAAAAUCAUCUAUCAGAUGACAGCCUCGAUGGUGUGAGCGUUUAUCAAGAAUGUUGGAGAUAUACAAGAAAACAAGGUGGCUAAUUUCUUUCCUAAAAAUAUGUACUUUAACAUCAUAUGAUAAAAUAUAAUUUUGAUUCCUAAAGAGAGGUUAGUUGAUAAUCAAUUUGAUUGGAGAACUUGGUUAUAUCUAGAGUACAAGAUUAUAAGUCUCAUCAUUGUUGUUAGCUUGAUUU